GUUACGGAAGCAGAUCGAGAAUAUAUUUUCUAGAUAUAUUUUUAUAGAUCUAGAGUCUAGAAUAGAUAGAUCUAGAUCUAGAUCUUGAGUUUAGUUACGUUUCAAAAAAAAAAGUGUACGGAUACAGAUCUACAUCAUCUACUGUACAUUUCAUCAUUAUAGACAUUUGAACACAAUUUAUUAUUUAGUUUAUUCCUCAACAUAAUUAAAGAAUGCAGACAGCAAAUUCUAGUGAUCCAAAAAGACCUGCUAAAAUAACGAGAUUCAAGGCACAGCCUAGUGGAGGCCCAGCAGAUGAUCCUACACCUGAUUAUAUGAAUCUUCUUGGAAUGAUUUUUAGUAUGUGUGGACUUAUGAUGAAGCUUAAAUGGUGUGCCUGGGUAGCUGUAUAUUGUUCAUUUAUUAGUUUUGCCAACUCCCGAACAUCAGAUGACACAAAACAAAUGUUGAGUAGCUUUAUGUUAUCAAUAUCUGCCGUGGUGAUGUCAUAUUUACAGAAUCCUCAACCAAUGCAACCUCCAUGGUGAAGAAAUGUAUUCAGUUCUGUUAAUGUGUAUUUGUAUAAUGUACGUAAUUAGAUUUCAUUGGCUGUUCUAAACAGUGUUAUUUAACCAGACAGAAAAUGUUUAGCAUCAUAUUGAUGCUGUUCAUUCAAAAGAAUCAACUCAAGGCUGUAGGUCAAUUGUUAUUGUAAUGGAAGUAGUUUUCUAUCAUGAACUUUGUGACUUGAAAAAAAACAUUUAUUUGUAUUAAAUUUAUUAUGUGAACUAAAA